AUGUCCGACCAAAAUCAUUUUGAACACCUUAGAAUACACCUUGCAGAUAUAAAUAAUGCAACUGCCAACUUUUCUAAAGCCUGUCGCAUUGGGGGAGGUGGUUUUGGGGAAGUUUAUAAGGGUGAACUCAUCCUUCAUUCACGGGGGCAAACGGUUGCUUUCAAACGUUUAGAUCGCAAAUAUGGGCAAGGAGAUCGUGAGUUUCGGAAUGAGAUCCUUUUGCUUUCUGAUUACAAGCAUGAAAACAUCGUGUCACUCUUAGGGUUUUGCGACGAGAGUAAAGAGAGGAUUCUUGUUUACGAGUACGCAUCUCGAAGAGGUCGUGACAUGUAUCUCAACAACAAAGAUCUAACAUGGCCUCAACGCCUUAUGAUAUCCAUUGGUGCGGCAUGUGGACUGGCGUUCCUUCAUAGUGAUGUUGGCACCCAACAAAAAGUAUUUCAUCGUGAUGUUAAAAGUUCUAACAUCUUACUUGACGAUAAUUGGAAUGCCAAGAUAUCUGAUUUUGGUCUCUCCAAAUUUGCUCCAACUAACAAUAACAUCUCAAUUCUUUACACCAAUCCAGUAGGCACAGUGGGUUAUUGUGAUCCGUUGUAUCUAGAGACGGGGUUCCUAACAAAGGAGUCAGACAUUUAUUCAUUUGGUGUCGUGUUGUUUGAGUUGGUGAAAAAUGCAUGCGAACAACAUAAGCUAAAUGAUAUUGUGUGUGCUCAUCUCCUACAUAAAAUAGGUCCUGAAUCACUAAAGGAAUUUACAACAAUCGCGUAUCAGUGUUUGAUGAAAAAACGUGAGGAACGUCCGUCAAUGAAUGAGAUUGUGGAAGCACUUAAAAAGGCACUCGACUAUCAACUUUCACCGGACAAAGCAUAUAACCCUGAAACCAUACUUGUGCAAAGAAAGAUUUAUCUACCUCGUAUUUUUAAUGGCGUCCUUGCUUUAGAUUCUUCUAUUAUGGAUGUUGGUCAGAUUAAUGAUCUUUUAAAAGUAUUACCUACGAGCGAAGAAAGGGAUAUGUUGAAGGGCUACACGGGAGACAAGGAAAUGCUUGGAGAGCAUGGUCAGAUCAUGGAAUCAGAAAAGCUAGCUAGCAUAAUGAAGGAAUAUGAUCAGAUAUUAGAGCGAACAUAUAGAGGACACCUGAAUGGACUUUGGUUUAACAAUAUUCGGUUUCCAAAGGAGAAAGAUAUAUUUCUUUUGUACAAGGAGGGUAAGGAGAAAGGAGCAUAUUGGUUUGAUUUUGACAAGGAUUUGCUUAACUUGGAUGAUGCCUCUAAGAUAGACUUUAAAGAACUGCGUAAGAACAAGUUCGCAAUAGUCAAAGAAAUUGAAAUGGCUCAACAAGAACUCAAUUCUUCCGCCAAUGAUGGUGGUGUAUCUCCUAGAUUAUAUGAGGCCUUGAAGACCUUUCUUGAUGAUGCCGAACGACACCCGUCAGUUACCUACUUCUUUGAUGAUGUGAACCAAGAUGCAGAAUCACUUGUGGCAUAUUUUCAGGGGAAUCCCAAACAUCAAUCUUUAUUAGAAGUUUUAGGUUUGAUAGUGGCAUUUAUGGAGUUGUUCAAGUCCCAACAUGUUGCCUUCCAAGAAGCAGAGCAUGAGAGACAGGUGGAGGCUGAUCGUAUCGGAAUGGAGGAGAAAUUCGCUGUAGAACCCAUCACGUUGAGAGUGUUUAUGUUGUUGGCAGUGGCAAUAUUAAAGACAUUUGACUGUUCUUUCAAACCAUUAUAA